AUUUUACCCACGUGUGUGUGUGUGUGACUGAAGCUGGGAAAGAUGACAGCAGUGGAUUUUAGCAAGUGAUUUUCUUUGGUACGAAUUACAUUUUAUAUAAAGUUCCAGCAAAUAUGGAGAAAGUUUCCAGUGACGUUAAAGCUUUUCUCCAGGAUCACCCCUAUCUCCAACUGACGGACAGUAAUAAGGUGAAGUGCACCCUGAAUGGCCAUGAGUUACCCUGCCGCCUGGAGGAGCUCCGGAAGUUUACCAGUGGGAAGAAAUACCAGCAGCUCAGCGCCAUCGCUGACUUCGACUACCGCCAGUACGAGCCACACGUGGUGCCCAGCACCAAGCAGCCCAAUCAGCUGUUCUGCAAGCUGACCCUGCGUCACAUCAACCGGCUGCCCCACCAUGUGCUGCAACACGUCGGGGGGAAACGGUACCAGCGCGCCCUGCAGAAAUACGAGGCGUGUGUCCUGGAGGGAGUGCAGUAUGUCCCAGCCUGCCUGAAACAGAAGAAGCCGAGGGAGGAGGGGGAGAAGGAGAGGAGCCGGGGCAGUAGCCGAAAGAAAGGGUUUUGGGAGCCGGAGUCCAGCGAAGGCGAUGCCAGCGAUUCCGAGGACAGCAUGAGCGACCUCUACCCACCGGAGAUGUUCACUCUGAAAGCCCCGGGGGACGGAGAGAUGGAGGAGGCCAUGGUGGUGAGCGAGGGCUUCGAGACGGACAGCGGGGAUGAGGCUCCUGCCGGAAGGCAGAACGGAAAGGCCCAGAUGGAGGUGGACACACAGACUUUCAACAAGCGCAAAAAGGUUCAGUCUGCCUCCUUGAAGAAAAGGUUUAAGAGUCACCACAAGAAAGGAAAAGGCUUCAAGAAAGCUGGAAAAGUGAAAAAUGUCAAAUAAAUGUGUGUAUGUGCCGCA